UUGAUACACGCGCGAGAUACACCUCAGUUUAUUAAGUCUCGACCUUGCGGCUGUUACUUUUUCCGCCGCAUAUUCUACAUACACAUUUAUACGGUGCUUAUAUACAGUGAUGAGUGACAAUUGAAACCCAGUGCUAAAAGUGGAAAAGUGAAGCAGUGAAAACAAACGACUAUAAAUCAAGCGUCGCAACAUCGAUGGGGGAUACAAGCAAAACAUCCAUUUACAUUUUCGGCGAUGUUCGAAGCCCCUCUCUAUUCAUAGACCAGCAGUAUAGAGCGACAGCAUCGAAAAUAGCGGCGCGCAGGGCUUUCAUAUCUUUGUUUUCAUCUUGUCCCUCGCACCUCAUGCGCGCAAGUUCGUUGCGCCGCCGCUGCGUCAUCGGCUGUAAUUACUCUGUCCCACUUAGCUCCGCUGCAAUUUCAUUGGAGACGUGUGCGGAAUAAUUCCACCGAUGCUUUUAUUAUUCCACGCUGCGGACGCAGAAUACUCGUGCGUGUAACGGAAGAGACGAGCUUCGCGAAAAUAAAAGCUGCACCUAACCUAACCACACCGGCGAAACCGCAUCAGUAUACAUACAACAGCUGAGAGAGAGAUAGAGAGAGAGAGCUGACUGCCCCCCCUGCACUUGGCGCCGCCACGCGUCAGCGGCUGGAAGUUUCACAGUGACACGCGGGCUGCUAUAACCGCCCCCGAUACACUCACAUCCCCCGCAGCGCUGAGCACUGACGUAUCGGCAGGGCCGGGCCAGUCUAAGGGGGUAAGUGGCGCCUCGUCCCGGCAACACGGCGAAACGAACCCUCAAUCCAAGAGGCCACAGUAGCAGCCGUGUCGACGACGGUGUGUGUGCACCUCCGCAGCGGAUAGUCGUCGACGUCGUGUGCGCGUUCCGCGGGUGUCUCCAGUGCAGUGUCUGUUCCGAAAAACUCGCUCUUUCGAUGUGAAAAGCGCAUCCGCUGCUCUGUGAUUCUUGUCCACCCCCCUAUAACGAUCUCAGUGCAUCAGCUCGCGAGGAAAAAGUGCCAGCAGCAAGUGCGAGAAGCUGACGAAGGAGAAAGCCAUCGAGUGCACGCGCACCGAAAACGGAGCGAAGAGGGGGAAGCUGUGCAUGGCUAGACCACGAGUGCACGCGCACCGAGAGAUAGAGCGACAGUUUUAUGGGGGGCGCCCCCGGCCAACAUCAGCAGUGCGAUGGGCUAUCCUCGCACCGUCUAUAUCGGUAUUAGUCAGCGCUGUGCGUGUGCCGAAGUUUAGUUCUCUUUCUUAGAUAUAUAUAUAUGUAAUAACCAGCGACAAGUGCCUGCAGCAAGUGUCAUCAGAACAGCCGAUCAGCAUGUCCUCGCCGAAGCCUCGAGUAUCUUCAGUUCGAGCUCGCAGCAGUAGUUCCUCGGCUGUGUCCCCGGGCAGCCGUAUCAGCUCGUCCUGCAGCCCAAGCUAGGCCUGCAUCAUCGACUAAAAGCUCGGGGACUUCACAUAUCACUCGAGGCGGAUAACGAGCAGAGAUAUAGCUACCAGGUGACAUAAGAGAGAUCAUCGGCUGGUGCGAGAAGACGGCGAUAAUUAUGCGACCGCCGUUCCUUGGGCCCGGAAGGCUGCUGUGCCCGCCGCAACGGUGCCAGCGCCAUCAGGAGCCCGCUGCUGUUCGCCUAAUACUGGGCUAAGAGAGAUGAGCGCGCAGUCGGCACACGACACCCUGGAGCUCGAGGUCUUCGAGGUGCGAUGCGACGAGGGCGUCUCGAAGGCUGCUUCCGCGCAGAAGCCGCACCAGCAGAAAUCUCAUCAUCAGGAUCUCACAACGACGUCAAGCUCGUCAUCCGGAGCGAACGGAGGCGGCGGAGUUGGCAAGCGGAUCGUCGCACGGGCCAAGUUGCCGGAGCUCACUCUCGAAACGAUGCAGCGAGUCGAGGAAGACGAUGAGGAGGAUGAGGACGAGUUCGACGACGAGGAAGAGGAGGUGAGCAGUGGCGGUGCUCUCGGUUGCGCUCGAGGCGCCAGGAGGAAGAGGAAAAAGCUCCAGCAGAAGCGCAAGUCCAGCAGAAGGCGGAGACAACGGCUUCAGCGACAGGACGCCUGCUGUCUCGCCUCGACUGGCUCCGCUGGAAACAACGAGCCUGGCGCAACGAACUCGCGCCACCACCACCAUCACCACAAUCAGCAGCAGCAGCAGCAGCAGCAGCAGUCGAGUAAUCAGCUGAUGCUGGGCGCAAGCUCGUCGCGGGAGGGCCUGGAGGAGCCGUCGGACGGGCUGUGCUCGUCCAAGCGCGACUCCUCGAGCAGCCUUGGCGGCGCGAGCGGACGACACAGCACUUUGCGCGAGAGCCUCCUCACUGUCCUGGGUAAACUCGUCGUCUGGAAAGGCGCGAGGUACAGGCCCACGCCGACGUCCUCCAGCUCCAUACCCCCGACCUCGCCACCGCCCACCGAGUGCAUCGGACGCAGCACUGGCUUUUUCUCAACUUCCGAGGACUCGCGCAAGACAGAAAGGCGAAUUCGCGCGAACAAUCGCGAAUUCAACCUGCAGUUUAAUUAUGCGAACAAUUACAUCAAAACGUCCAAGUAUUCGGUUCUGACGUUCCUGCCACUGAAUUUGUUCGAGCAGUUUCAAAGGCUCGCCAACUUUUACUUCCUGUGCCUGCUGGUACUGCAACUUAUCCCCGCGAUAUCCUCCUUGACCCCCGUCACCACAGCUAUACCCCUCAUCGGGGUACUCACGCUCACUGCCGUCAAAGAUGCCUAUGACGACUUUCAACGACACAGCAGCGAUUCGCAGGUGAACAAUAGGAAAUCAUGGACCUUACGAGGUACAAAGCUGCGAGAGGAGAAAUGGUCCCAGGUCCAAGUUGGCGAUGUGAUCCGCAUGGAGAACGACCAAUUCGUCGCCGCGGACGUUCUUCUGCUUUCAACGAGCGAACCGAAUGGCCUUUGCUACAUCGAGACAGCGGAGCUGGACGGGGAGACGAAUCUAAAGUGCCGCCAGUGCUUACAAGAGACUUCCGAGAUGAUGGACAACCACGAGCUGAUCGGUCAGUUCGACGGGGAAAUCAUCUGCGAGGUGCCGAACAAUUUGUUGAACAAAUUCGACGGCAUACUCACGUGGAAGGGCAAGAAGUACAUACUGGACAAUGACAAAGUUAUCCUGCGCGGCUGCGUGCUGCGCAACACCCAAUGGUGCUACGGUAUCGUGAUCUUUGCUGGCAAGGACACGAAGCUUAUGCAGAACUCAGGGAAGAGCAAGUUCAAGAGGACCUCGAUAGAUAGGCUGCUGAACCUCCUAAUAAUCGGCAUAGUGCUAUUUUUACUGUCCCUCUGUCUAUUCUGCAUGAUCGGCUGCGGCAUCUGGGAGAGCCUCGUCGGACGCUACUUUCAGGUCUACUUGCCGUGGGACUCGCUGGUACCGAGCGAGCCGAUGGCCGGAGCCACGGUGAUAGCCCUCCUCGUCUUCUUCUCCUACGCCAUAGUCCUGAACACCGUCGUACCUAUAAGCCUCUACGUGAGUGUCGAGGUCAUACGAUUCGUCCAGUCGUUCCUCAUCAAUUGGGACGAGGAGAUGUACCAUGCCCCCACCAAUACCCACGCGCGAGCUCGCACCACGACCCUGAACGAGGAGCUCGGACAAAUUCAGUACAUCUUUUCCGACAAGACGGGCACCCUGACUCAGAACAUCAUGACCUUCAACAAGUGCUCGGUGGCCGGCCAGUGCUACGGCGACGUCAUCGACGAGGUCACAGGCGAAGUCGUCGAUCUCAGCGAAGUCCGGACAGAUAAGGCCUCGCACACACCGACAAUGAAAUGGAAAAACGGGCAGGAAUUCGUCCGGCCAGUUUACACACCUCUUAGCGGUGCGAAUGCUCGCCUGCUGGAACAGGCCGACCGAAUAUCCAGUACGACACCCGAGCCGGGCAUCAAUGGCGCUGCUAAAGUUCCACUCAAACAUUCAACGGUCCCGUCGCUGGACUUCUCCUUCAACAAGGACUACGAGCCGGAAUUCAAGUUCUACGACGCUAGUCUACUGGAUGCGGUGCGCCGAGACAACGAGGACGUGCACAGCUUCUUCCGUCUGCUGGCACUCUGUCACACGGUGAUGGCAGAGGAUAAGGGCGGCAACCUCGAGUACCAGGCUCAGUCGCCGGACGAAGCUGCCCUCGUCUCGGCAGCUCGGAACUUCGGCUUCGUAUUCAGGGAACGAUCGCCCAACAGCAUCACCAUCGACGUCAUGGGCAAACGCGAGAUCUACGAGCUGCUCUGUAUUCUCGACUUCAAUAACGUGAGGAAGCGCAUGUCGGUUAUACUGCGAAAGGACGGACAGUUGAAGCUGUAUUGCAAAGGCGCGGAUAACGUUAUCUACGAGAGGGUCAAGAAGGGCAGCGAGGAGAUCAUGAGCAAGACCCAAGAACACCUCAAUAAGUUCGCUGGAGAGGGACUGCGCACUCUGUGCUUGUCGACGAAGGACCUCGACGAGAGCUUCUUCAACGAUUGGAAGCAGAGGCACCAGGAGGCAGCCAUGAGUCACGAGAACAAAGACGACAAGCUGGAUGCGAUUUACGAAGAGAUCGAGAAGGACAUGACGCUGCUGGGCGCGACCGCCAUCGAGGACAAGCUCCAGGAUGGUGUGCCCCAAACGAUCGCCAAUCUCGGUCUUGCCGGCAUCAAGCUCUGGGUUCUCACGGGCGAUAAGCAAGAAACGGCUAUCAACAUCGGCUACUCCUGCCAGCUGCUGACGGACGAUCUGACGGACGUGUUCAUAGUGGACGCUGCGACGUACGACGGCGUCGAGACCCAAUUGACACGGUAUCUAGAAACAAUAAAAGCGGCUUCGAAUCAACAGAAGAGGCCGACUCUCUCCAUCGUCACAUUCAGGUGGGACAAGGAAAGUAGCGAUACAGAGUACAACCCGACCAGAGAAGAGGCUGACGAACACGAGGCCGAUACGCCGUCGGGUUUUGCAGUGGUUAUCAACGGACAUUCCUUGGUUCAUGCAUUGCACCCACAAAUGGAACAAUUAUUUCUGGACGUCUCUUGCCAAUGCAAAUCCGUAAUCUGCUGUCGAGUCACACCUCUGCAGAAAGCGAUGGUGGUUGAACUCGUGAAGAAGAGUAAAGAAGCCGUUACCCUGGCUAUUGGCGACGGAGCCAACGAUGUUUCUAUGAUCAAAACCGCUCAUAUUGGCGUCGGCAUCAGCGGACAAGAAGGAUUACAGGCAGUAUUAGCUUCGGAUUACUCGAUAGGGCAAUUCAGGUUUCUCGAAAGAUUGCUCAUGGUUCACGGCAGAUGGUCGUAUUACAGGAUGUCUAAGUUCCUCAGAUAUUUCUUUUACAAGAACUUUGCAUUCACUUUAUGUCACAUUUGGUUCGCCUUCUUUUGUGGAUUUAGCGCACAGACCGUUUUUGAUCCAAUGUAUAUUUCCGUCUAUAACUUGUUUUACACGUCACUGCCUGUUCUGGCAGUCGGUAUAUUUGAUCAAGAUGUAAAUGACAAAAACAGUUUGAUGUAUCCGAAAUUGUAUACGCCAGGUCAUCAAAAUUUACUCUUUAACAAAAAAGAAUUCUGCUGGAGCGCUCUUCACGGAUUCUUUGCCAGUUGUGUACUUUUUUUGGUGCCCUACGGCACAUACAAAGAUGGCGUUUCUCCGAAAGGCUAUGUACUUUCGGACCAUAUGCUGCUGGGCAGUGUAGUGGCCACUAUAUUAGUCAUAGUUGUAACAGUUCAAAUAGCUCUCGACACUUCGUACUGGACCAUCAUUAACCAUUUCAUGGUAUGGGGUUCCCUUGUUUGGUAUUUUAUUUUAGACUACUUUUACAAUUUCGUCAUAGGAGGUAGUUACGUUGGUAGUCUUACGAUGGCAAUGUCGGAAGCUACGUUUUGGUUUACGGCAGUGAUAUCGUGCAUUAUGCUGGUGAUACCAGUCCUAUCUUGGCGCUUCUUCUUCAUCGACGUGAGGCCGACGCUGUCGGAUCGUGUCCGACUGAAGCAGCGUCUCGCGCAGAUGCGUUCGCGCCAGAGCCAAGACAUUUUGCGCACGCCUUCGACGAGGCGAACACGUCGCUCGUUGCGCUCGGGUUAUGCCUUUGCCCACCAAGAGGGCUUCGGUCGUCUCAUUACCUCCGGCAAGAUUAUGCGCAAGCUGCCCAAUGGCUCGGACUUCAAGUUCGCGAUGCCCUUCGCCUCUAACAACGUCUCGAAGCAGGUGAGCGCCGUCGCGACAACCUCGCCCAAGGAGAACUCGUCGGCCAGGAACUCGCACACACCUGACACCAUAAACCUCUGAGGGAGCUCAAGCGCGGCUGCCCUUGUUCGGUUUCUUCUUCUAGUUUGAGCGACAAGUGAUAAUGAAAAAAUAAUAAUAAUAAUUAACAAAAUAGACUUCGUGAAAGUGCGUUUUUCCGCGGAGGGAGGCAUGAUGAACAAAUUCUUUUUUUGCGAGUUCGAAUGCGUAUUAUUUUGUGAUACGAAAAAUGUUGCCGCCAUUUCUGUCAACUUUUCAUUUCACUUUUCUGUUCUCUGUUAUUUUUUCUUUUUCUUUCGACACAAAAUAACUCGAGCUUUAAACGUUUCUUGUAUAGCGGGAAAAUAUUAAGGACAUCGAUAUCGAUGGCAAACGAAACAUAGUUAGGGUUUAUCGAUUGGACAUUGCAGCAAUACGUAGUUUUUGUUUCUUUGUUUUUUAUAUACGGCUUCUAACGACUAUCAGUUCUGAAUCUGAAUUUUCAUUUACAUUCACGAUAGUAUAAUAAUAUUGGCGGACCAUUAAGUCGUCAAAGACGAUCGCCAGUUAUCGUUUGUUAAAAUUUUUUACAUUCUUAAGCUUCGUUAAUUGAUUUGAUUUAUCUUACUUACAAGAGAAGCCAAAAGGAUCUAUCAACAAUAUCUGUGUAAAUCUCAAGUGCAAAACAUGUCCAUCGAGUCUUUUAAUAUCCAAAACACGUGUACCAUAAUACCAAUGUACUAUGAAAAUUAUUAUUCUAAAGGAGUUUACAUUAUGCGUUAACGUAAUAAAAUAACGAUAACGGUUAUAUUAAAUAAUGCCUUUGUAAAACAUUAACACGACAAACAAUUUAAAAAAAUACUGUACAAUAGCAUUGAUUGUAAAUAUUUUAAAGAGAUAUAUUAAAUGUUAAGUAUACAUUUUUUAAAAAGAAAGUAAUAUAUAGGUAGAACGAUCUAAAAAAAAGAAAAAAAUUACGAAAAUAGUAAUUAUAUAUUAUUGCAGAUAAUGUUUGCCUUGGACUGACUACUGAAUAUAAUAUAUUAAAUAUGAAUUUAAAAAAAAUGAAGCAGUAGUAAAAUAAUAAAAUAUGGUAUUUCUACUUUUAAUAUUGCAAAAGUGAAGCAAGCAGGUAAAGUAGUUUACAUUGGAGGAAGUGUGUUCUACAAUCAAACUAUCAUUUAAACAUCGAGUCACUGAAAAUCAUUAUUUUUUAAAGUCGUGCCUGACCAUGUUUAGCUGUAUACCAAGAUUUCCGAUGGUUAAACAUAGCACUACUCAAUUGAUCAAACUAAUUAUGCAUAUUUUCUUUUCCAAGCAUCAAAUUACAUUUAUUACGACGUAUUUAUUUCAAGAUACGCGCUGCGAUCGACUAUUCUGUAAAGAUUGAGAAAUAGAAUUGUAUUUGUAACAAGACUGCAGAGAUUUUUAUAAAAGCCGAUUGCUAAACAAUUGGAGGGUGCGAGAAAGUUGUGCGUAUCCCGGCAUGGAGCACAUUUACUGAAGGAAAAAAUGUAAAAAAAAAAACAGAAACAAAAACAAAUUGUCAAGUUACCAAUAACUUCGCGUACGUUACAGUGUCACAAAAAUUUGCUCAGUUUCUUGUUAAUUAAGUCUGAAAACUUACUACAGUGAGACCUAUCGGCGAUGAGAGAGAGAGAGAGAGAGAGAGAGAGAGAGAGAGAGAGAGCAAAAAUUAAUCGAAACAGACAGAAUUUUAUAUGAAUGAAAAGGUUAGAUUAGAUAUUACUAGGGAUUGUUAAGAAAUUAUGAUCAAACUGCGCUAGAACAUACAUUUAAAGGUGCAACGUAUCAGAAGUGUCGAGAAAUAUUUUUUCGCUUACCGGCAUAACGAAAAGAAAAUUCUUGCAGGUAAACUGAGAAUAUUCAUCUUUUUGUACGAAAAAACUAGAAACAAACGAAAACGUAUAACUGUAAAUAUAGAGAACAAAAAAAUGCACAGCCUAUACAUGUAUACAUAUAUAUUUUUAUUGUAAACUGGUUUGUACACAAUUAUUUUACGUUACUCGUUGUAACUACUAGUAUUCCGGUAUGUGAUUUAGUUAAUUAGUCAUACCAGCUACGUAUAUAAGUUCAUUCUAUGUAAAUGCGAUCACAAAAAGUACUUGGUUGUCGAAGUACUGCAAUGCGUAGGGGUCAAUCACUGUAACCUGUGGUGCAAAAUGCUUAAACUUGUAUGUUGUGAGAGGUAAUCGGAUGCAUUUUACAGCAUAUAAAAAAUAUGCCUUGAAAAGAAAUCUGCUCGCUUACGUAAUGCAGCAAAUUUUAUUAUUGUGCAUAGGCAUUAUUAAUAUAAUAAUUUUUAUUCUUUGUUAAUCGGUCAAACCGUUAGUUAUGAAAAACUUGAUAUGUAUUAGUCAAGUUAACAAAAACGCUCGUCCAUUGCACACACGGUUGUCAUUGUUUUAUUAUAAUAUUGCGUUUAAUACGUUAAUGUUAUAAAUGAUCUUUUUUCUAAACACAAAACGUAUUUGUAAAUAAAAACGACGCAUUAAUAAUUAGCAUAUAUUGAAUUAAUAUUAGCAGAAAAAAGCUAAUUUUUCUAGAAUGUGAUUCUUUUAAAUUUAAAAAUAUUUAACUCUAUUAUUAAUGCGAAAGCCAUAGUAUUUUCCAAGUAUUAUCUUUUCCAGCAUUCAAACAACACAGUUUUUCAAUUUCGUUACCUAAGUUAUUGAUUGGGAUAUAUUUCGCGCAUUCGAUUAUAGUUAUAUGGUUCAAUGUUGGAUACGGAAAAAUUCAUACGUUGAAGACUCCGGGCAUGAUAAUAUUAAGGAAACACAUUUAUCGUUACAAUAACAUGUUCCUUAAGUAAAAAAAGCAUACAUGGAUGAGAUAAAAAAAAUGGCUUAUUUAAAUGUAUAACAUAUAUUGUACAGAAAAAGCAUUGAAUGACUUCUACCGUACCAAAAGUGAAAUCAUUAUGCAUAUGUGGAGUACCUAUGUGUACAUUGCUUUGUGAACGGACUCGAAUGAUUCAGCUUUAUAUGGUCAAAAAGCGGUCGUAACUUACCAAAUCUACUGCAAUCGUGCAUCGACUUCAUGUUACUUCAUUUCGAAAAAAGAAAAGCCUAUAUUCAGUUUUGAAAUGGCGCUAAUUACCUAUGUUAUUUCUUGAGAAUAUGAAUGUAAACGAAAGUUUAAUAUGCAAAGCUUGGUAUACAUCGAAAUUCAAAAGUGAAUUUUGCGGGAAGAUUAUAUUGUUCUGAAAAAAUUCACCUUAUUAAAUUUUAGCAAACAUUAACGACAUUAUUGUAGAAGAAUCAAUUAAAAAGUUUCAAAUAAAUUUUCAUUAAUUUAGAA